UAUUAAAAAGAAUUAUCCAUGAAAAACCAGACAUUUGACUUAAAGUUCCAUAUUCUAGGAUUUUCUACAUCUCAGGGAAAGCAAACUUUGCGAUUCAUAUUAUUUUUCUUCAUCUAUCUAACUGGCGUAGUUGGUAAUGUAAUUAUAAUUUCAGUUACCUAUUUAAAAGUACAGUUACACACACCCAUGUACUUAUUUCUUAGUAAUCUGUCCUUUGUAGAUAUAUGUUAUACUUCCGUCACUCUGCCAAAACUGAUGAACAUUUUCCUAACUGGAAACAAUGAAAUCUCAUUCACACCAUGCUUUACCCAGCUACACUUCUUUACAACGAUGGGUUGUACGGAAGUUGUGUUACUGACAUCCAUGGCAUAUGAUCGUUAUGUUGCCAUCUGUAAUCCUUUAAGGUACUCUUUGGUAAUGAGUAAUAGUAGAUGUCUUCAACUCAUAUUGGGCAGCUGGGCAUUUGGAUUUAUUAAUUCCCUUCUUUUUACAGUGUUUGCAUCUCAGUUAUCAUUUUGCGGAAGUAAACAAAUUCAGCAACUAUUUUGUGACAUUAAGUCAUUGCUAAAAAUUUCCUGCAGUGACACUAGAAAGUUUCAAAUUAUAGUGUAUUUGGAGGUAUUGUUCGCUGGACUUUGUCCCUUUGUCCUCAGCUUGACAUCCUACAUAAAAAUAAUAUCAGGCAUUUUAAAAAUCCAAACCACUGAAGGAAGAAGAAAAUCCUUUUCUACCUGCACGUCUCACCUUACUGUCCUUCUUACAUUUUAUGGAACUAUCUUCUGCAUGUAUAUAAGGCCUCCGUCAGAACACUCUGAACAACUUGACCAGUUUUUUUCAGUACUUUAUGUGGCGGUAACUCCCAUGUUAAACCCCUUGAUCUACAGUCUAAGAAAUCAAGAUGUGAAGAAAGCUUUAAAGGGAAUUAUUUAUUUCAAAAAUAAGCAAAUUAAAUGGUUUUUUGCAUGAAUGAUUAUUAAGUUAGUCCACAAACAAAAU